AUGACUCCCAUUGGUGAAAAGAGAAACCGUGUUCUCACCACUACACGGUUUCCAACAGCAGCAGAUUGCCAAAUGGCAUUGAGCACCCAAAGAGACCCUUCCUUUCUUCCUUCACCUGAUCAGUCUGCUCCUCAACCGAACCACGAUGUGUUUUUGAGUUUCAGGGGUGAGGACACUAGAAAUAGCUUUGUAUCCCAUUUAUACCAUGAAUUGCAGCUCAGGGGCAUUAAAACAUUCAAGGAUGAUCCAAAGCUUGAAAGAGGGACAGCUAUUUCUUCGGGGCUCUUCAACGCAAUCGAAGAAUCAAGGCUUGCAAUCGUUGUCCUCUCGCCAAAUUAUGCAUCUUCUUCCUGGUGCUUGGAUGAGCUUACAGAGAUUCUCCAAUGCACGAAACCCAAGGGCACAAUUCUGCCAGUGUUUUAUCAUGUGGAUCCCUCCGAUGUGAGAAAACAAAGCGGCAGUUUUGCGUGCGCGUUCGCUGAGCAUGAGGAAAGGUUUAGGGAAGACAGAGAAAGAGUGAAGAGCUGGAGAACUGCUUUAACUGAAGUGGCCAAUUUAUCUGGGUUUGAUUCAAAGAAUGAGUGUGAAAGAAGGCUUAUUGAAAAUAUUGUUGAAUGGGUGUGGGAGAAAGUGCAUCACAGAUUCAAAUUGUUAGAUUCCAAAGGGUUAGUGGGAAUGAAGUUUAUACGUGAGCAAGUAGAUUUGCUUUUAGCUCAUCCUACGGAUGAUGUUCGCUUUAUAGGGAUAUGGGGGAUGGGCGGAAUUGGCAAAACAACCAUUGCUCAGCUAGUUUAUGAUAGCAUUUCUACCCAUUUUGAAGUUAGCAGCUUUCUUGCUAAUGUUAGAGAGGUUUCUCAACGUGGUAAUCUUGUUGAUCUACAAAGACAACUUCUUUCCCCAAUCUUAAAGGAUCAAAUUACUCAAGUUUGGGAUGAACAGUGGGGAACCUCCGUCAUUAAGAAUUGCUUGUAUAAUAAAAAGGUUCUUCUCAUUCUUGAUGAUGUGAGUGAAUCAAGCCAACUUGAAAAGUUGGCUGGUGAAAAGGAUUGGUUUGGUAAGGGGAGUAUAAUCAUUAUUACAACUAGAGAUAAACGGUUGCUAGUUAAACAUGAUAUACAUAUAUCAUAUAAGGUAGAGGCGUUAGGUCAUGAUGAUGCUCUUGAGCUCUUUAGUCGGAAUGCCUUUAAAAAAAAUGAGCCUGAGGAAGGUUUCUUGGAAUUGUCCAAGGGUUUUGUAAAUUAUGCCAGAGGCCUUCCACUAGCUCUUAAACUUUUGGGAUGCUUAAUGUAUAAGAGAGAUGAAGAUGAAUGGGAAAGUGAAUUGGAUAAGCUGCGGAAAAUUCCUAAGUCAGAAAUGAUUGAUUUGUUCAAAAUAAGUUAUGAUGGACUAGAUGAGAUGAACAAGAAUAUAUUUCUUGAUGUUGCAUGUUUACAUAAGGGGAGGGACAAGCGGCAAGUAAUUGAAAUACUAGAGAGUUGUGGCCUAUGUGGUUGUGUUGGGAUAAAUGAUCUCGUUCGGAAAUCACUCUUAACUAUAUCAAAUGGGAAUGUUGAGAUGCAUGAUUUGAUACAAGAAAUGGCAUUGGAAAUUGUUCGUCGAGAGUGUCCUAAAGAGCCUGGUAGACGAAGUCGAUUGUGCAAUUAUGAUGAUAUCUCUCAUGUAUUCAUAAAAAAUACGGCAACGGACAAAAUUAGAGGCAUUAGCUUACGCACGUCGACAGUUGAAAAGACAAAUUGGAAUUGUAAAGCUUUCUCUAAGAUGAGACUUGCCGAACUUGAAAUACUGAACCUCGGUUCCUCUAAAAGGUUGACCACAACCCCAGAUUUCAGUGGCAUGCCGAAUCUUGAGGUGUUGAAUUUUGAAUUUUGUGAUAAUUUGGUUGCGAUUCACCCGGCAAAUGAAAAUUUUGUCAACCAUAAUUUCCAGCAGACGUCAAUUGAGAAAUUACCUUCAUCAAUAGGAUGUCUAGUUGGCCUUAGUGGUCUGAUGUUAUCGGAUUGCAAAAAUCUCGUGGGUCUUCCGAGUGAAAUUUGUAAUUUGAAGUCUCUUAAAUACAUGUGGGCGAAAGGAUGCUCAAAAAUUGACAAACUCCCAGAGAAGUUGGGGGAGAUGGAGUGUUUACAGGUGCUUCAAUUGCACGGAACUUCUAUAAGACAGUUGCCACGUUCCGUCGUUGGUUUGAAAAAACUUUACAGUCUAUCUUUGGGUGGAUGUGAAUCAAGGUUACCGUCUAGGCUUUUGUGUUGCCUCCCCCUCUCAUAUGAAAGAAAGGCUUUUGUGUUGGCUUCGCUUGAUGGUUUAUUCUCUUUGAAGUAUUUGGAUCUGAGUAAUGGUGGUGUUUGUGAAGGGGAUCUUCCCAGUGAUAUUGGCUGCUUGUCCUCUUUAGUAGAAUUAAAGCUUAGUGGAAACAAUUUUGUUAGCCUUCCUGCAAGCAUUGGAUGUCUUUCUAAGCUUGAGUUAUUUUGGGUGAAUGGGUGCCAAAGUCUUGAACAAUUGCCAGAUAUUUCUAAGCUUAUCUCAUUGGUGGAUAUAGACAUAGCCAAUUGCACUUCCUUGAAAAUGUUACCACAUCUUUCGUCAAAUUGCUCAUUAGUACAAUUUAGCAAUUGCUUUGUAUUGGUUGACAAUGAAGGCUGCGAUAGUAUAAUACUGAAAAUGCUACAGCGAUACCUUCAGGUAAUCCCUAGGCCUCCAUACAAAUUCGAAAUUGUAACUCCUGGAAGGAAAAUUCCAGAGUGGUUUAGUAAUAAAAGUUUGGGAGAUUCCCUAACUGUGGAGCUACCUACCAUGUGGAUGGGAAUUGCUUUAUGUGCUGUGUUUGAAGUUCAGGCUCAUCUUUCUGAUUUUCAUUAUUUUCAAAUUAGCUGUUCCGCACAAGGAAUGCGGCCACAUGGAGUACUUUCAAAAUAUUUUAAAAUAGGCGAUGUUGUGUCAGAUCACCUUUGGGUAAUUUAUGUAUCUCGUAAACAAUUUGAGAAUAUAUGCGGUCAGAUAAAGGUUUUCUUUACAACUUAUUAUUCUCAAGACAUAAUGUGGGGAGACAAAAAAUCUUGUGUGAAGAAGUGUGGGUUUCGUUUGGUGCACGAGCAAGAUGUGGAACAACUCAACCAGAUCACGAUGAAAAAAUCCAUCAUCAAGAGCACUACUACUUGUCCUACCAAAUUAGCUGAUGCACAAGGUCAACAACGCCAUGAUGACGAGGAGGCUAGUCCUAGUGGAAGUGGUAGCUCUCACCAAAAAUCUCUCUUCUGCAAUGCCUAUGCUCUUUUCGAAGAGGCAGACCAAGAUGAAUUAAAUGAUGAUGAUGAUGAUGAUGAUGUUGAUGAAGGUCGGCCCAGAAAAAGAAAAAAGAUCGAUGUGUUUGGGAUUGACUUAUGA